CUUUAGAGAGUUAGUUAAAGCUUCUAGUUCAUCCGAUCUUAAAAUUCUCUCGGUCGUCUCUAUUGGUCUAUUUAGCCUUAGGUCUAAUUAGUAUCCGUUCUUUGGUAAAAGAAAAAAUAACAAAAUUAAAUUCAAUCCAAUAAUCAGGACGACAUUAUCAUAUUUGUUAUUAAUUUUUUAUUUCAAUUUCAAUUUGGUAAACAUGAUGUCUUCUAAAUUCAUCGAUAAUAUGAGAAAUGAUGCGAUAAUCGUUUGCUAUCACUCCAAAAUUCUUCAUUCUACAAUUCUACAAUGGUUAUAAGAAUAAUAAAUAAAUAAACGAAGUAUUUAAACUUAUAUCACUAUUACAACCACAGCGACCAACGAAUUCUGAAAGCUAUUUUGGAAACCAACAGAUUUUCAUAAGUUCUUGAGUUUCUGAUUGUCGCGGGCAAUGACUGAUCGACUCGCUCUCCAAUUUGCUCGUCCUUCUCCAUCUCUAGGGCUUUCCGCUUCCAAUCGCAUCCCAAUUCCCUCUAAAUUUCAGUUUCAGCUUCCAUUUCCUUUCUCUUUCGGUAAUGCACACUCUCCUCUUUGCUACGGCUCCGGCCUACUCCGGCGAAUAUCUCCGAUCAAUGUGUCGUCGAUUUCUCUUGUGAGUGAAGCAGAACCAAAGGAACUGCGAGAUGAGUCCGAUUUUGAAGCAGUCUUCUUUGACAGCGAUUAUAUUUCCGUUUGUGGAUUUGGUUCUCUCCUUUCUGAGAGGAGUGCGCGAAGUACAUUUCCUGAUCUGAUCAACUUUAGAAUGGCGAGAUUGAAUGGCUUUAGACGCAUUUUCGGAAAUGUAGCUCCUGUAUUCUUUGAGCGCGGCAUUGCUAAACCUGAAACCAAGGAGAUUUCCAGCUUGUGUGCGGAGCCUUGCGAAGGAGAAAAUAUCAUCAUUACGGUUUUCGAGAUUAAGAAGUUUGAGAUUCCCGCGUUUAUACAAAGAGAGAUUGAGUUUCGAUUUCUAGCAGUUUUUCCUGAAACAUUAGAUGGAAAGGCAUAUCAAAAACCAGCGGUGCUUUGUUCUCGAUCCACUGAUGAAGAGUUUUUCCAAGUGAGAUGCAAAGGGAAUAAGGACAUCUUUUUUCAUCAUUAUGGUCGGCAUAAUAUCGAUAAGAUAUGGAGAGAUGAUAUCUUUCCUUGUCGCGUUUAUCUUCGUCACUGUAUUUUAGCUGCAAAGAACCUGGGUGACGAAGCUUAUAACAACUUUCUGGAUCAUACUUUCCUUGGAGAUCGUAGUACAACCGUUCGUGAAUAUUUGACCGGUAAUGGUUCAGGCAUUAUGGAGGAGGAGCCUCCCGAAUCCCUCAAGUUCCGAUAUGGCGGUUGAUAUUAUGGAAAACAAAAUAAGUGCAAUGACUUAUAGAUCCUUGAAAGCCUUACGAGGUACGAUUAACAUAUUAUUUAUUCGGAAAAUUACCGCUCUAGUUCUCAA